AUGCCGGAAACAAUUCAUCGUGUAAACGGAUACGCCAAGGAUGCAUUCACUUACUAUCCCGUCAUAGUGGUCGGGGCUGGGGAGUCCGGAAUAGCUAUGGGCUGCCAGUUGAAGCAGCAGCUAGGAUUCGACCAGUUCCGGAUCUUCGACAGGCAGGCGGGCAUCGGAGGUACGUGGUGGAUAAACAGAUACCCAGGCGUCGCGUGUGAUGUACCUGCUGUAUUCUACUCCUUCUCUUUCGCACAAAACCCCACAUGGACGACCCUCUACCCACCUGGAUCUGAAAUCGUGCGCUACUAUCACGAUGUAUGUGAGAAGUUUGGCAUCUUCGAUAAAAUCGAGCUCAAUACCGACGUCGAAGAGUGCCGAUGGCUUGAAGAUGAGCAGCUCUGGGAGGUGAAAUUGCGCCACCUCGUCCACGGAAUGGGAGAUCUAGGGCACAAAGACCGUUCGAAAGUGCUUAACGAGCGUGGAGAGUCCGCGGUAUACUCAAGCACAGAAAUCGUCCGAGCAAAGGUCGUUGUUAGCGCUGUUGGUGGCCUAGUGGAGCCACGCGGCUGGCCAGAUGACAUACCUGGAUACGACACUUUCAAGGGCCCAAUCUUCCACUCUGCGAGAUGGGACGACAGCGUAGAUUUCACAGACAAGGAUGUAGUUGUAGUAGGCACUGGCUGCAGCGCGAUUCAGUUCGUACCGAAACUCACGAAGGCGCCUUUCAAUGCGAAGUCGGUAACGCAACUUAUGAGAUCGCCACCGUGGGUAGUCCCCAAGGCCACUCCUCCUGGCGGAGACGAAGCCUAUCGAAAAUGGUCUCCGACACUCUUCACAUACAUUCCAGGCCUUCAGCGGCUAAUGAGGACCCUCGUUUUCUUAGGUGGCGAGUAUGAUUUCAGACUUUUUGGUGUCUCAGAGUGGUCCAUCAAAGAGAGGAAGAAGCUCGAAGACAAGUUGGUGCAACGAAUAAAGAAGAUGGCCCCCGAACAAUAUCACGAAAUCCUUACUCCAGACUACGGGGUGGGCUGUAAGAGGAGGAUCUUCGACGCGACGUGGUAUCCUUGCCUGGCAGAGCCAAAUGUCGACCUCACAACGCAGCCUCUUACCCGCGUCAACGAGCACAGUGUGACAGUCGGGCCUGGAUCGACCUAUCCUCCCCCGUCGAAAGCAAACUCGAAGAUCCCAACAGACGCGAGAGAAAUCGCCGCGGACGUCAUCAUUCUGGCCAACGGGUUUGACACUACCAAGUGGCUGUAUCCUCUAAAAGUAGUUGGCCGGGACGGAAACGAUCUCAUCGACACCAUGGAUAAGCGAGGUGGUCCCCAGGCAUAUCAGGGAACAGCGAUGGACGGAUUCCCUAAUUUCUUCCUCAUAUUUGGUCCAAAUACUGCCACCGGUCAUAGCUCCGUCGUGCUAGCAAGUGAGGGCAUGGUAAAUUAUAGCAUCAAUUUCAUCAGGAAGGUCCUGAACGGAGAAGCGAGCGCCGUUGAGGUCAAGCAUGAAGCGGAGAUGGCAUUUACGAAAGAAAUCCAAAACAAGUUGAAGAAAAUGGUGUGGACCACUGGCGGAUGUCAGAAUUGGUAUGUCAAUGAGGGUUGGAACUCUACCGUGUACCCAUAUACUCAGUUCGACUUUGCAUGGAGAUGCAUGUUUCCAAAGUACAGUGACUGGGACAUAACACUCACAUCCAAAGGAGUUACGAAGAGGCGGCUAAGACAGACCGCUCGUAUUCUCAGCUGGAUUCUGCUGUUCACGGGUCUGUAUCAGGCCAAGAAGAGGAGGCUUACUCCUAAAGGCAUUAGAGACUUCAUUCGAAAUUCGCUUGUUGUUGUGUUAGCUACUGCUUUGAGAGGAAUCCAGCAGCUGCUGAAUGCUCUGCAGAGUAUCUAG